UAACGAGGCUUUGGCUGUUACUGCAGCUGCUGGUGGAAGGUUGUAGCGCAUGAAGCGCUUUUCAGAGCUCUCCUGCAGCAGCAACGACAGCGGUAGCGCAAGCAGAGGGCAGGUUGUAGGUUAGAGGAACCACACCAUACAGAGACAUAGACAGCAGCAACAGCAAGACCUUGAAUUCUCAAUUUAUUAAUACUUCCGUUUUCAACAUGGCUGAUCAGUCUUUGGACAACGGCGACGAUAACACUGUGCGUUUUGCCAGGAAAGGUGCUUUGAGACAGAAGAACGUUCAUGAGGUGAAGGACCACAAGUUCAUUGCCCGCUUUUUCAAGCAGCCGACCUUCUGCAGCCACUGCACUGACUUCAUCUGGGGAUUUGGAAAGCAGGGAUUCCAGUGUCAAGUUUGCUGCUUUGUUGUACACAAACGCUGCCAUGAAUUUGUCACUUUCUCUUGCCCGGGAGCAGAUAAAGGACCAGAUUCAGAUGAUCCAAGAAGUAAACACAGGUUUAAGAUACACAGUUACUCCAGCCCUACAUUUUGUGACCACUGUGGGUCAUUGCUGUAUGGCCUCAUCCACCAAGGGAUGAAAUGUGACAAUUGUAUGAUGAAUGUUCAUAAACACUGUGUGGCUAACGUUCCUAGCCUGUGUGGAACAGACCAUACUGAGCGAAGAGGCCGUCUGUACAUCAAAGCUGAAAUAGAAAAUGACAUAUUAACAGUUCUAGUAAAGGAAGGAAAGAAUCUAGUUCCUAUGGAUCCAAAUGGCUCAUCUGACCCGUAUGUGAAACUUAAAUUAAUUCCUGAUCCAAAAAGUGAAAGCAAGCAGAAGACAAAGACGAUUAAAUGUUCCCUCAAUCCAGAAUGGAAUGAAAUGUUUAAAUUCAAUCUAAAAGAGUCUGACAAAGACCGAAGGCUGUCCGUUGAGGUGUGGGACUGGGAUUUGACGAGCAGAAAUGACUUCAUGGGAUCGCUCUCAUUUGGGAUCUCAGAACUACAGAAAGCUGGAGUCUGUGGCUGGUAUAAAUUACUGAGUCAGGAGGAGGGGGAGUACUUCAAUGUCCCAGUUCCACCAGAAGGAGAAGAAGGAAAUGAAGAACUCCGGCAAAAAUUUGAGAGAGCUAAAAUCGGGCCAGGUGCUAAAGCAGCAGAGGACAAGAUUGCAAAUGCAGCUAAGUUCGACAACAAUGGCAACAGAGAUCGGGUGAAGCUGUCUGACUUUAACUUUCUCAUGGUGCUAGGGAAAGGUAGUUUUGGAAAGGUUUUGUUGACUGAGCGAAAAGGUACAGAUGAACUAUAUGCAGUAAAGGUUCUCAAAAAGGAUAUUGUUAUACAAGAUGAUGAUGUCGAGUGUACCAUGGUGGAAAAGCGAGUACUUGCAGUUUCCGGCAAACCACCUUUCUUAACGCAGCUUCAUUCUUGCUUCCAGACAAUGGAGCGUUUAUAUUUUGUUAUGGAAUAUAUCAACGGUGGAGACCUCAUGUAUCAUAUUCAGCAGUGCGGCCGAUUCAAAGAGCCUCAUGCAGUGUUCUAUGCAGCAGAGAUUGCGAUUGGAUUGUUCUUUUUGCACAACAAGGGCAUAAUUUAUCGAGACUUAAAACUGGAUAAUGUAAUGCUGGACUCUGAAGGACACAUAAAAAUUGCAGAUUUUGGCAUGUGUAAAGAAAAUAUGUGGGAGUCUAUUACAACCAAGACAUUCUGUGGCACACCUGAUUACAUUGCACCUGAGAUAAUAGCUUACCAGCCAUAUGGAAAAUCCGUAGAUUGGUGGGCUUAUGGAGUGUUGCUUUAUGAAAUGCUAUCUGGACAGCCACCUUUUGAUGGAGAAGAUGAAGAUGAGCUUUUCCAGUCGAUAAUGGAGCAUAAUGUUACCUACCCCAAAUCCAUGUCUAAAGAAGCUGUAGCCAUCUGCAAAGGGCUUAUGACUAAGCAUCCUGGCAAGCGACUUGGAUGUGGACCUGAAGGUGAACGAGACAUCAAGGAGCAUGCGUUUUUCCGAUAUAUUGAUUGGGAGAAGCUUGAAAACUUGGAGAUUCAACCUCCAUUCAAACCAAAGGCUUGUGGACGAAAUGCUGAAAACUUCGACCGAUUUUUCACCCGCCAUCCACCAGUGUUAACACCGCCUGACCAGGACGUUAUCAUGAACCUUGACCAAUCAGAAUUCGAGGGAUUUACUUUUGUUAACUCUCAGUUUGCUAAAACUGAGAUCAAGACUUAAGCAGAUCCAUGUCCAUCAUGCUGUUGGGGACUUAACCUUCAUUGAAACCGCUAUUAUGGUUGCGAUAAAAAAGUGUUACAUACAUUUUUCAUAGCAUCACUUCAUACAUUAGGAAUGAAAUGAUUUCUUAAACUGCAUGAGUGUCCAUAAUUAAAAACUCAGUGCUUCUUGUCAGAAAGAAGACUUAAUGCAACAAUCUGCCAUCAGUUGUUUAUUAAUAUCAUCAUCAUCAUCAUCAUCACUGGCAAAGACACUGAGUAUUUUUUUAUUUUUUUUUUAUACAUGUUCUUGGGUCUUUCUUUAAAAUUGAUGAACACAUGAAACAUUUUAUUCUCCAGCCUGUAGGGUUUCUGCAUUAAAAUUGAUGCACCUGCAUGUGCCAGUUCCAACAUAUCAACAUGUCUAAUUCUACCUGUCUUGUAACUGGCAUGUGCUGUUUCAGACCAAAUGCUGUACCAGUGUUGUAGAAAUAUUAGAAAUUAAUGACAGGAUUAUCCACUGGCCCUAAUUUUAACAGCAGCAGGUUUUACAUUGAUUAUGACCUCAGACUGGCACCGGGUCAUAGCAGAUAGUUUGCAAAUGGCUUCUUUCUGAAGUCUAGAAGUACCUGGUCACCUAAAUAAAGUUUUGCAUGGUUUUACACUGGACCAUAUCAUAUGCUAAGACAUUUAUAAUUGCCAAAUUUAUUGUUGUGUUUAUUACUUAGCAUUUUUUUAAAAGAAUGGUAAGGUGUCAAAUAGUGUUUAAUACGGUUAUAAAAUAUAUAUGUAUGAUAAGACGUAUAGCAUUGUACAAUCUUAAACAGAAUUUUAAUGUUUUUUGCACUAACAGAGACUACUUAUGAAUGCAGUUUUGAUAUUUGAAUUGUAUAAAUAAUGAUUUGCACGGGACAGAUGAAACUAACAAUAACUUUCUGUUAUUCCUGCAGAAAAAAAUGUUUAACUUUUUUUCCUUUCUCGUGGAAUGCUCACGUUUGUGUUAAUGUUUCUGUGCUUGUUUGAUGUUCCCUGUGCCAAAACAUUUUCCAUUGCUGAUAAACAAAUAAACUGAACAAACAUUUUACAGAAA